UGAGUCCUGCAGAAUUCAUGAACAACCAUACAGAGCAACCCAGGAGCUUCUGCAUUCUCAGUGUUCCUACUCCCUGGAGCUGCAUCCUCUGUCUGCCUUCACAUCCUGCCUCACAGCCCAGAAUUAGUCUUUCAUCAUACUAUAAAGGCGGAUUUGAACAGAAAAUGAGUAGGCGAGAAGCUAGUCUUAUUUUAGGUGUAAGUCCAUCGGCUGGCAAGGCCAAAAUCAGAACAGCCCAUAGAAAAAUAAUGAUUUUGAAUCAUCCUGAUAAAGGUGGAUCACCUUACUUGGCAACAAAAAUAAAUGAAGCAAAAGACUUGUUGGAAUCCACUGCCAAAAAUUGAAAUCCAAAACCUUGGGUCUAAG